AUGGCAACUCCAAACUACACGGCGCAGAUAAUACUGCUACAACAGGAGAUGGAUGAGAUGAAAGCGGAUUUCUCUGAAAACGACAAUGCAUUUUUCUUGUGCUCCAUGUCACUUAUCAUUUUCCUCAUGCAGUGUGGUUUCGCAUUUCUCGAAGCAGGUGCAGUGCGUAGCAAAAACACUACUAACAUUUUGAUCAAAAACCUGCUGGAUUCGUGCAUUGCAAUUGUUGGAUAUUGGGCAUUAGGAUGGGCAUUGGCAUUCGGAGAUUGUCCUAAUGAUACCAUUGGGUUAUUUGUCGGAUACUCUCAAUUCUUCCUUGCCAACUUUGAAAAUUACCCGAAGUUUUUCUUCCAAUACGUGUUCGCUGCGACGUCAGCAACAAUAGUGUCUGGAGCGGUUGCAGAGCGGUGCGAGUUUGCAAAUUACAUCACAUAUUGUUCAGUUAUCUCAACUCUUGUCUACCCGAUACUUACGCAUUGGGGAUGGCAUCCCAAAGGAUGGAUGGCUCUUGGAAUCACUAGCGGUGUUAUCAACACUCAUUAUGACGACUUUGCUGGGUCUGGAGUAGUUCAUCUUUGUGGAGGGUCCAUUUCACUGUUAGCCGCAUACAUGAUUGGUGCUAGAAUCGGAAGAUUCCCUGAAGACGAAGACGACGAGUCUGAUGAGAUUCUUGGUCACUCUGUUCCUUUCGCUGCAUUGGGUGGAUUCAUUCUCAUGUUUGGAUUCCUUGCUUUCAAUGGAGGAUCAAUGGCAGAUAUCGUGAAACCAGGAGAGGGGCAUAUUGUUGCAUUGGCUAUGGUUAACACAAUUCUUAGUGGAGCAUUUGCUGCUUUGACCUACCUCAUUGCUCACUACUUGUACCACGGAAAAUGGACACUUCUAUUGACUAUCAACGCUUGUCUCGCUGGAAUGGUUGCCUCAUGCGCCGGAUGUAACAAAAUGGAGCCAUGGGCAUGUAUCUGGGUUGGAGUUGGAGCCGGACUCAUCUAUUUGACAUUGAGCAGAUCUAUGAUUAAAUGGAGAAUUGAUGACCCACUUGACGCAUUCGCCGUACAUGCUGGUGGAGGUUUCUGGGGUCUUACUUCAGUUGCUAUUAUUGGUCAUGACGGUGUAGUUUAUGCUAUCGGUAACACAAUCGGAGGAGCUACAAAUGGAGGUGACCAAAUCGCUCAGGCAUUUGCUCAACUCGGAUGGCAAUGGGUGUGUGCACUUGCAAUUGUAACCUGGUCCUUCUUGUGGAUGUGGCCAAUCUUUGGACUAUUGAAAAAGAUUGGCAAACUUCGUGUCUCCGAAGAAGUAGAAAUCAAUGGACUUGAUAUUUACAAGCACGGAGAAUCUGCAUAUCCACUUCAUGCUUAUGGGCACGGAUGGCAUGAUUUUGAAUCAGCACCAUCCAGCAAAGAAAAUCAUAGUAAACAUCUUCCAGUUGGAAGAAAGAAUAGAAUUAUGAGUGUUCAUCCAGAAAUGUCCCUGGAACAAUUGGCAUCAGUUUAUGACAGAAGUGGAAGUGUUGGGGAAUCGGAUCAACCAAAGCGACUCUUCCAGAAUCAAAUGGAGAGAAGAAAGUCUAGAAUGUUGGAAGCCAAUAAUUCGUUCAGCAAUAUGUAUCUUGAUGACAAUGAAGUACCGGAGAGAAAGAAUACAAAUCCAAAGACCGUCAGCCUACAAGUCCCAACCACCAUCGUUGAAGCUCCAGAAGAAGAAACGUUGACCACUGAACAGCAAGAAUCUAACUGGACCUGA